AUUUCUGUAAUUUUUCGUUUCACGACUUGGAAAGUGUUACAAAUAAUUUUGAUGCGCGACCAGAGUCAGCUGGAGGUAAUAAACUGGGAGAAGGUGGCUUUGGCGUUGUGUUCAAAGGCUACAUCAAUGGCAGAAAUGUGGCUGUCAAGAAGCUCGUUGCUAUGGUUGAUGUUAGUGUUCAGGACUUGAAACAGCAAUUUGAUCAAGAAAUAAAAAUGAUGGCAAAGUGUCAGCAUGAGAAUCUAGUAGAAUUACUUGGUUUCUCAAGUGAUGGUGCUCAGCCAUGUCUGGUGUACGAAUACAUGCCCAAUGGUUCGUUGCUUGACAGACUUGCUUGUCUGGAUGACACCCCACCAAUUUCUUGGAAUACAAGAUGUAAAAUUGUUCAAGGUACAGCAGAUGGCGUCGAAUUUUUACAUGAAAAUAAUCAUAUUCACAGAGAUAUUAAAAGUGCAAAUAUUUUAUUAACUGAUACCUACAUGCCCAAAAUUUCUGACUUUGGACUUGCAAGAGCAUCUGUAACAUUCACACAAACAAUCAUGACUGAAAGAAUUGUUGGGACAGCAGCCUAUAUGGCGCCUGAAGCUCUGCGAGGAGAGAUAACACCUAAAUCUGAUAUCUUCAGCUUUGGAGUAGUCUUACUAGAAAUAAUAACGGGUCUUCCUCCAGUAGAUGAAAACCGGGAGCCACAGUUACUGUUAAGUAUCAAGGAUGAAAUUGAGGAUGAAGAAGCAACUAUUGAGGAUUAUGUUGAUGAAAAGAUGAGUGACUGGGAUGCACCUUCAGUUCAUAUAAUGUAUUCAAUUGCUGAUCAGUGUCUGAAUGAGAAGAAAAACAGAAGGCCAGACAUUAAGAUGGUCCAACAGCGUCUACAAGAGAUAAAAACUUGA